AAACAACACGGCACAACUUUAUAUCCGCACAUCGCGAUGAGCUGCACAAGACGAGUCUUUCCACUUCGGCAGCCCAAAGGGCAUCGACCGCCCAUUCCAAGGUGGAUGGCUCAGUUCCCAGCUGAUAUGGACUGUGUUUUCACCGCAUAUAUUGGGGUCCAACGGCGUGGGGCCCAAACCGAUGAAGGGUUACUGACUGAGAGCGUUAACGAGGCGGUCGAGAGCAUCCAGCGAUGGAUGGUCGAGGAUGCAUCGAGCGCACCUGCGUCGAUCGAACAAUUUCAGGUUCUUGACGGAGAUGAUAUGCCCGGCUCCACUGUUUGGGUCUGUUACUGGAAGGAAGCCAGCAAGUAUGAGGACAGCAUACGACGCUUGAGACUUGUGAAUAUCCAUGAGCAAUUAAGUCCUCCUCAUCGAGAGUCUGUUGGCUUGUGGUGUGAGCGAUUCACUAGCCAUCUGUCGCGUGUCGAGACCAACUAUUCAGGUCUGGACUAUCUACCGGGACUGGCUCGCUUGCCCGGAGUGUCGACCUUCGCCGAGAACGAGGGGCCUGAAAAGACACAGUUGGCACCAGAGACUACGUCACAGCGCGAGAUUCAAAAUUAUCACGUAGUAGGCACGAAUCCGGACAACCUUGUCCACAUCCGCUCGGGACAAUUCUGGGCCAACUGCCCCGAAGACGAAACCAAAGCAUACGAGCAGACGUUAGAGCCUACCCUGCGUGCUGGACUGGCGUAUCUAUGGGAUAAUCCCCAGAAGAGUGGCGCUAUGGGGUUACGGUAUCUCUACAAUCGUGCACCCACUGCUCGUGCACUGGAGAAGACGCCUGAGACUAAAGAGUCCUGUGUGGCUGGAUUCUUUCGUAACCUUGCAGACCUCGAACACUGGGCCAGGUCGCAUCCCUCCCACUUGGCCAUCUAUACUGGAGCCAUAAAGCAUGCAAAGAAGUUUGGAGACCAGCGCAAGUUCCGCACCUGGCACGAAGUUUCAGUGCUGAAACAUGGAGAGGCACAUUUUGAGUACGUCAACUGCAUGGGCAGAACAGGUGUUAUUCAGGGAUGCCACUUGCAUAUUUAUAGCUCCUAAUGUUGUGAAUGCAGCCAACAUCAUCACCUGUAGAGCACGGACUGGCUGAGUAAAAUACAUAGCUUACUUUAGGGACCUACAUCAAGUCUGUUGCUAGAUGGCGCCACUGUCUCAACGCUAGGUCAUUCCCUAUCAUAUAAAUUCUCA